GCGAGUUCGUUGAGAUGAAUACGAUGCAGUAUAAUAUAGCCUACGAAGAAUUAGUACUAUAUUUCAGAUUUAUUUAAUAUACAGAUAUAUAAGGAAGUUGGAUAUGAAUUUUGAAUUCAGUUUACCCCAGACACUCCUUGAAUAUUUUGAGUCGGAGGGAUACGAAGCAUAUAACAGAGUACGAGUUUUAACUGAUGAAGAAAGUUUAAAAGAUCCAGAAAAUGAUCCUUUCAAGUCAAAAUACAAAGCAAGAGAAAAGCUGCAAGAAAUAUUGAAUAGAAUACAUAAAGAACGAGAAGAAAAUGAAUCUGACCCAUCCAUGAAAAUUUUAGAAGCUGCGAUACAAUAUCAGCUAGGAUUUAAUUACACUCACACUGAGGAAAGACCUGCUGGAGAAGAAUGUCUUGAUAAGUGUAUUGCUCUUCUGAAAGACGAUGAACUUUUAAUGAGACCAGAGGCUGUUAGCAUUGCCAUGAUUGCAUAUUCUGAACUUGGAAUAGUAUGGGCUAGCCGUUAUCAAGGCCGAGACCAGGCAAUGUUCAACCUUAAAAAAGUUGAAAGUCUUUAUAAUAAAUAUAAGCAUGAAGUGGGUCUUUCUCCUUUCGCUAUUGAUGAAAGUUUGCGUCCAAAGGAAGAGAAAUUCACUGAUAUGCAACGUGAUGCAAAAUUUGAAAAGAUUUUCACUCAUACACUGUUUUAUUUGGCACAGAUGUACAAACAAAGUGAUGAAAAUGAUCUAUCUGCUGCGUAUUGUCAAAGAACUUUACGACGUCAACUGGAAUCAAAAGAGUAUGAUCCAAAAGAAUGGGCUGUGAAUUCUGCUGGCCUAUCACAAUAUUACAUUUGUCAAAAUAUGUAUCGUGAAGCGAAACAUUGUUUGGCUUGUGCCAAUGUCAUUAUGGAAGAAGCAAAACCUCAGGAAGGUCUACCUGAGCCGAAACCUGAUGAUGAUAAUGAGACGAUCAUGCUGAGAAAUGAAAUACCACAGAAGAAAGCAGAUAUCGCACGUUGUUGGGUAAAGUACUUUCUCGCUCUUCUGGAUUACUCAAAGGAACUCCUCUAUAAUGAUGUGUGUGAACUUGAUGUUAAUAGACAAGCAGAAGCUAUACUACGACUACAAUUAAAUGAGGAAAAUGACAAUGAUGUACCCAAAGAUCAUGACAGAAUGCCUCUUGAAGUUGAUUCUGUAGAAGAAAAUGCGAGACAUUUACCAGUCACCACUUUUGAAGAAAGUCGACAAGUGUUUCUAAUAGCGAAAAAAUAUGUUGAUUCUGCUCUUGAAUUCUUUGUUAUGGAUGGUUUUGUCACAGAUAAUAUUGAGCUGACGCAAGACAUGAGUGCUCUGUAUAAACAUUUGAUUUUCUUUGAGACAGAGAAAGAGAGAAAAUGCAAGAUGCAUAAAAGACGGAUAGACCUUCUUACUCAAGUUUUGAAUGAGAUAAAUCCUCAAUUUUUUCUUUUAAUAUGCAGACAACUUCAGUUUGAAAUUGGGGAAAUAUAUGGUGCGAUGUUAGAUUUAAAAAUUGCAAUUGCUAAUGAGUCGACUCAGACUCCAACACACCACGCUAUCAAGAAGAUAAACCUAUUGUGUAGGUCCAGUAUAUUAUAUUUCACUAAAUUUCUUGACACACUACGAAAUACUAAAAAAGUAUUUCCUUUUCCAUUUGAUGAAGAUGUUGAACAUCCUGCGAUUAUUGCACAUUUUCACGUCGCUAGACUGUAUUCAAAAAUAAUUGCUCCUGUAAGAUCUGAAAAAUUAAAUUUCUUGAAAAAGUCCUUGGAAUAUUAUUCAUGGAUAGUUGACUAUGUUGAUCGUAAACCAGAAUGUGAGGUAACAGUACAAAAGGAAGUCGAAAUUUGCAGGGAAAUGAAAGUCCUUCUUCCAAAGGCAAUGGAACGAUAUAUGGAGUGAAAGAUAAUGGAACAUUUUGUGAAUAAUGUUUUUGUGUGUUGUCGUUAAAACUUUCAUAGAUCAUGGUUAAGAAUUUCACACUGUAAUUUUGUAAGAAUAUUAAAAGGCUAUGUUCGCCUUUCCCACAACCUUAUUAUUAAACUGUUAGUCCAUUUUACCAUUAGCCUUUGUCACAGCUGUGUAAUCAGACUUUUUUGACCGCUUGUACCCAAGGCUUCUUACAUAUAUAUUUGAGUUUUGAACCGUUGCACCACUUCAUGUGAAAGUUAAUCAGUAUAUUUUAAAACAUGUGAAAUGUUCUUGGUGUUUCUUUCUUGAUCAUGGUCUAUUUUCAUAACAUAAUUAUGUUUUGCUUUUGUCGGUAUUCUGCAACUCAAUAAUCUAGUACAGUUUUCCGCUCAGCUCACAAUAAGCACAGUGGUACAUCAUUUGCAUGGCAAAUUGUGUUUUAUUAUAUCCUUCUUUCGUAUUUUUUGUGUAUUUUUUCAUUUCAUGAAGGUUCGAAACUGACACAAUUUAAAACAUUAGAUUUACUGUAACCCUGUCACUUACUAAAUGUAGUUCAUUAAUCAAUGGUAUGCACUUGAAUUUGCACCGGGUAUAUAUAAUAGUCCUCUUAAAAAUCUCUCAACUGUUCACUUGUAAGUAACAUCACUGUGUUUUAUAUACCCAACUGGUUUUUAUAUUUCACGUAUAUUAUAUAUUUGUAAUUGUCCUAUCAUAUAAACAUUGAAAUACAAGUUGGAACAGAGUGGCUA